AGGUAUAUUUCAUUUUGGUUUUUAGAAAAAAAUAAAACAAGAGAUUCAGCCAGUGAGGUAACAGUGGAGUGUAAUCGAGGAGGCGGAGGCGGAGGCAAAUCGGAAAACCCUGACCUGACCUGAAUGCAUCUGAAUCGAUAAUCAAAGCCAGCCGCCAUCGAUGACGCUCCAUGAGAUUCUGAUACAGAAGCUUCUCCGCACCAAUGCCCAGAUUGGUCGCCGAGCAGCAACCCAUCAUUUCAAGGUCUACACCUAUGGCUUCCGCAACAACAUGGCCAUAAUCGAUUCCGACAAAACCCUAAUUUGCAUGCGCAGUGCUUGCAACUUCAUGGCUUCCCUUGCACGCCACAACGGUCGCUUCAUGUUCAUCAACACCAACCCUCUCUUCGACGAAAUCUUCGAGCUCAUGACCAAGAAGCUCGGCUACUAUUCCCCUUCUUCCACCUCUCUCUGGCGCACCGGCGGCUUCUUGACCAACAGUUACAGCCCCAAGAAGUUCCGCUCGCGCAACAAGAAGCUCUGCUUUGGUCCCACCCAGCCACCUGAUUGCAUUGUCAUCGUUGAUACUGAGAGCAAAUCCUCCGUCUUCAACGAGGCUUUCAAGCUUCAAAUCCCCGUUGUCGCUCUCGUCGACUCGACCAUGCCUCUUGAAACGUUUAACCGUAUUGCUUAUCCUGUUCCCGCCAAUGACUCUGUCAAGUUUGUUUAUCUAUUCUGUAAUUUGAUCACCAAGACGUUGCUACUCGAGCAGCAGAAGUUGAAGCUCGAUGACCGAGAAGAAGCUGCUCCUAGAAUUGAAGAAAGCAAGGGCAAGAGUGAUUUGGCUAAGGUUGAUUUAACUGUUAUUCCUUAUGCAAAUUUAGCACCCUUACAUGAAGAAGAUAUGGAAGAAGCUAAAAAGCUUUUGGACAAGCUUGUUGUUUUGAAGUUCAACGGCGCCCCGGAUAGCAAUAUGGGUUUCGAAGACCCCAAAUCUACAAUUGAUAUUUGUGAUGGGCUGACAUUGUUGGACUUGAUCAUUAACCAGAUUGAGACCCUCAACUCCAAGUAUGGAUGCAGGCUUCCGUUGCUUAUCUCUGACAAAGAUGAUACUCAUGAUAAUACUGCAAAGGUUUUGGAAAAGUAUUCGAAAUCAAGUGUUGAUUUGCGCACUUUAAAGCAGGGUGAAAGUCCAGAGUUGAAAUUGCCGGGUGGGCUUCACAGCAAGGAGGAAGUGAAUCCAUUUGACAAUGCUGAUAUUUUCCAUUCUCUAAUGAUUGAUGGAACCCUUGAUUUACUAUUAUCACAGGGCAAGGAGUAUAUCCUUGUGAUGAAGUCAGACAAUGUGGCUACAGUCAUUGAUCCAAACAUACUAAACCAUUUGAUGACAAAUGAUAUCGAAUAUUGCAUGGAGGUGACACCAAGCCAUUCGUUUAAUUUAAUCUUAACUCCAAUGAAUUUUAAGCUUCAGGAGAUUGCUCAAAACCAAGAUAAACAGUUGAGGGAUAAUUGCAAACUCAUUGAUACCAGGAACACCUGGGUGAGUUUAAGAGCCAUUAAGAGGCUUGUUGAGACUAAUAGACUAAAGCACAAGAUGCCUUCAGAAACUAAGGAAAAUGACUAUGAUCAAACUCUUCUACCAGAUUCAGAAGCUGGACCGGAAAAACAGCUCUUCAAUAAUAUGAUUGGUGUCUCUGUACCCGAAUCUCGUUUUCAUCCCUUGGAUGCAACAUCAGAUUUACUAAUUCUACAGUCAGAUCUAUACAUGUGCAGAGAAGGUGUUUUAACUCGUAAUCCAGCUAGAGCUAACCCUUUAAAUCCUGUGAUAGACUUGGGACCAGAAUUUGAAAAGAUUCUGGACUUCCAAAGUCGCUUCAGAUCCAUUCCAAGCAUCAUUGGUUUGGACAGUUUGAUGGUGAGAGGUGAUGUGUGGUUUGGAACUAAUAUUACAUUAAAGGGGCAAGUGACUAUUGCUGCCAAACCUGGCUUGAAAUUGGAAAUCCCCGAUGGGGCAGUAAUUGACAAUAAGGAGAUCAACGACCCUACAGAUAUCUGAAAAUGAAUGGUUCAUGGAAGCUGCUGGGGUUUGUUUCUGGCGAAUAUGACGGCUGAAGCUUAGAUUUGCGGUGCAAUAUACUAUUUUUUUGUCACAUCAGCUGUCAUCAUUUAUCAGCUUUUCUAUUUAUUGGUAACGAAGGUUGCAGAAGCAAAUUUAUCACAUUUUUUUAUAAGCAUCAUGAUAGUGAUAAAAUAAUUGUCUACUCUAUUUCUAGGGUAGGCUUGAUCUCACAGUUGAGACAAGUGUAAUAGAAUAGCAUCGCUGAUUUUUUACCAGCACAACAAUUGUUUAAUGUAGUACCCAAGAGCAGGAGCACAUAGAGCAGCCAUUUUUUUUUCAUACCAGUUAAUUCAAGGCAUAUUUGAGUCA